CCCGUCCCGCCACACCACCACAGUCGUCACUUCUGGGUCCUCUUCUCCCCGGGCCGAGCGGGGGUGGGGGGGGCCGUGGCGGCCGCCGUCGUCAUGGUGGGGGACGUGGAGCAGGUCGUGGGGGCACGACGCCGCCGCCACCUCCACGGGGUGCACCUUGGCCAUCCUACAACAACCCAUGGUCAGGGCGCAUCUCCAUGUGGCCGUUCCAGGCCUCCGGUGGCGAGCCUCGCCCGCCGGCGGCCAUGCUCGCGGGUGCUCCCCCAGGGAUCCCCUCAGUGACCCCGUGGGCGGCCCCGUUCCCCGCGUCCUCGUGGGCUCCUCCACCGGUGACCUUGCCCGGGUCUGCCGGCUGGGACCAGGCGGCCUUGGCGCACUUUUUCAGCACCAUGGCCCUGACACCUCCAAUCGGGCCGGAGUGGGUCGCCGACUCUGGGGCUACUUACCACACCACUCCUAACCCCGGAUUUGGCUUCCCGGCGUCCUCUGCUCCGAUGUGACAGCACGGGGCCCCUUUACACUCUUCGCUUUCCGGCAUCUGCCUCGCCUCCUUCGCCAGUUUUGUCAGCUGCCUUCGCCACCACUACCUCCACUACUUGGCACCGGCGU